CUUUAGGCUUUCUAGAACCAAUACUAAUCACCAAACAGUUCCUCUGAACGAGGUGGCGCGUUUUGACACGAUCCUCUUGCUCGAGCGUGGUCUUAUUUUCCUUCUCCUUUUGCUUAAAUUGACUCGCACUAUAGCUGCAGUCAUUAAAAAUUAAAAUAGCCUUUAAAAAAAAUGCCCACUGAAAUCUGAAUUAAGGAGUUGAAGAAAAGUUUCCAAAAUACGAUCUUUUAUGCUUUUAAUUCCUUUAUCUCUAAGUUAUCUCCUGAUUGCUAUCAUUGUUUUUUUGGGUUCCCUGUAAGAAUCGCCACAAAAGAAAAUGGCAGAAAAUUCGAUUCUUUGCUCUGUUUCUAGCUUGAUUCUAAGUCUUUUCACUCUCUUUCCUUGUUUAUUUGGGCACGGUAAUUCAAUUGAGCAACUUGCUGGAUAUAACACCUUUACUAUAUCUAGCUUCAAAUACCCAGAAACCCAGAUCAGACCCUUUGAUAUGCGCUAUAUACGAGUUGAUUUACCUCCAUGGUUCUCCUCAAUGUCAAUAGCAUUGAAGUCAAGUGUCAACCUUGAUAUUAAAAGUGUUGAAAAAGUUCCUAAAAGUGCGCUGCCGAUGAUAUGUUUCAGAGAAGGCAGCCUUCCAUUGCCAGAUGUCUCAAACACUUCAUUUGGAGAACUAGUUGCACUAUCUAACAGCUCUUUUGAAGGAGCACAAGUGCUUCAAAAUUCAGAGCAGUGUUAUCCUGUACCAAGAAAUAUGACAAUGAAGUUGACAAACGAGCAGAUAUCUGCCAGGGUUUUGUAUUUUGGUCUUUUCAAUGGUGUUGGGCCUACAAGAACACAGUCAAAGAUGAUUGUUCGAGGCCCUUCUUACUCCUUUGCAGCCAAUAUUAGCGUGGAAGGAUGUAUAACCUCAUCAAUGCAGGGGCAAUAUUGCAACCAAACUGUUGAACUGCUUUCAUGUGGUCUAUCUCGCAAUAAUUCUGGAAAUGGUUCGGCAUCUGGGUUUUUCAAUCAAAGCAUGCUUUCAUGCAGGAACAAUUUUGUGACCUCUUGCCUUGGAGAUGAAGAAAUGAAAAUAUACACCUUAGAGAUACUACGAGUAGCUGAAUUUUUAACCGUUUCAGCAGAAAAUGUAAGGUUAAGACCUGUAAAUAACUCUGGGAAUAGUAGUGGAAUUGACUUAAUGUGCUUUGCUCGUUAUGGUGCUAUGCCUUCAGCUACUCUACAUGAUUUUUCUGGUAACUUAAAUAAAUCCCCCUUGGUCAUUAACUCCCCAAAGGUUGGUCAAUGGUAUAUUUCUAUUCUAGCUCUAAAUCUCUCGAAGGAAACUGGUGGAUCUCAAAGUAAUGUUUCAAAAGUUUGCUAUUCCCUAGAACUACAAGAACUCGAAUGUCCACUGGGGAAGGCUGGGCCAAAUUGUUUAUCCGAAAGAUACAUGCUUCAGACGGUUCUCAGGAAAGAUUCCACCCCUUUUGAGUCCUAUUUUUUGCCAUAUAGUGAGAAAGUGAUGUCGGAUGCUGCCAAUUUUCUUCUUGAGCCCCUUUUAAGCAACUACUCAUUUGGAGGACUCAAUACCUGGACUUAUUUUAUCCUGGACAUUCCCCAUGGUGCAGCUGGUGGAAAUCUUCAUAUUCGGCUGACGUCAGAUAGAAAGCUAAAUUAUGAAAUAUAUGUUAGAAAUGGCGGAUUGCCAUCGCUUGUUAACUGGGACUAUUAUUAUGUAAACAAGACAAGCAACAGUCAUGGCUCCAUGUUUUUCGCUUUGUACAGUUCAAGUGAAGAAAAGGCCGAUUUUUACAUCUUAUAUGUUAGGGAAGGAACCUGGAAUAUUGCUUUAAGGAAUCUAAACAGCACUGAUGGCACUUCCAAUAGGCAGACUACCAUGUCUGUUUCACUUGAAAGAUGCCCGAAAAGGUGCUCCUAUCAUGGUGAUUGCAAAUCUGCUCUUGAUGCAAGUGGAUUAACAUCAUACAGCUUUUGUGCCUGUGACCGUACCCAUGGAGGCUUUGAUUGUAGCAUUGAGAUUGUAUCCCGUCAAGGACACAUAUGGCAAUCAAUUGCUCUAAUCGCGUCAAAUGCUGCAGCUGUGCUUCCUGCUUUUUGGGCUCUCAGGCAGAAGGCUUUUGCAGAAUGGGUGAUCUACACAUCAAGUGGAAUUUCAAGUGGAUUAUAUCAUGCAUGUGAUGUGGGCACCUGGUGUGCAUUAUCCUUUGGUGUCUUACAGUUUUUUGACUUUUGGCUCUCAUUCUUGGCCGUGGUGAGCACCUUUGUUUACCUCACAACAAUUGGUGAAGUUUAUAAAAGGGCAAUCCAUACGGUUGUGGCUAUCCUUACUGCCCUGAUGGCCAUAACUAAGGCAACCAGGCCCUCGAAUGUUAUUCUAGUGAUGGCAAUUGGAGCGCUAGCCCUUCUUGUUGGGUGGUUGAUAGAAUUCUCUACCAAGUAUAGAUCGCUUUCCUUUUCAAUGGAUUUAUGUCUAAAUUCGCUUGAGAGACGGCGGAUCCGAGAAUGGGUGAACAGUCUUGUAAAAACCAUAAUGAAACGAUUUCGUUGGGGUUUUCUGCUUGCUGGUUUUAUGGCACUGGCCAUGGCAGCAAUAAGCAGGGAUCUCGAGAACAGUCAAAACUACUGGAUUUGGCACAGUGUUUGGCACGUCACCAUAUACACAUCUUCCUUCUUCUUCCUCUGUUCAAAAGUAAUCACCAUAAACAGUGGGAACGAAAGACCCACAGAUGCAAACUAUCAGUUAACUCGCCAAGAUUCUCUCUCAAGAGGUUAAUAGGAAGAAAAGGAUAAAACUUGUCAUAGAAAAUUAAAGUUUAAAUAACAAAGAAAUAACGUUAUUGUCAAAGACAUUCAAAGGAAAAAUGUCAUCUGCCACAGUGGUUUGUACAACCAAAUAAGACUUCACCACUUCAAUAGCUUUCUUGUAAAAUUUGCCCAUUUUCCACCUUUUCCAGGAGUCUGUUUUCCUUUUGUAAAUAUAUAUACAUGUGUGUGUAUACGUCAUAUACAUAUUUAUAUGUAUGUAUAUGCAUGUAUACACCAAUAGGUAGGGGAAAUUACUGAGGCAGGGAUAAAAAGGUGACCAAAAACUCUUUAGCCUUUAGGGGUAGCAGAGCAAAAUGUGAAGACAAAGAUGCAGGUGUUUUGAAAUAGGGAUUUUAUUCUUGUUGAGCAAUGGAAUCUGAAUUUUAGUAUUAGUAUUUUUAUUUCAAUCUUAGGGUUAUGAUAUUGUUUGUAUAAAACAAUGCAGGUGUUACCAUCGUUUAAUAGCAAAAAAGUAGUUGAAUUUUUUAUUUA